CAUCCAUCCAUCCUUUUCCUACCGCUUGUCCCCAUCCUCGCCUAAGUUAUUUCAAGUGUAAACAUCCUCGCCUAAGUUAUUUUGAAACUUUGUCCCACUGUGACGUUUUGUCAUCAGGCGCUAUGGACGUUGGAGAGCUUCUGAACUACCAGCCGGACAGAGGAGCAACACGUUCCAGAGAGGAGGACGGAGGCGAGGAGGACGGCAGAAGUGCAAAGCAGCAGAAGUUGCACCAUUCCAGAGCCAGAGAUGGGCCAGGAGCGGGCGUGGAAGGAGGGGCCGACAUGGCUGAUGGCGACGACUCCACGGCCGACCGCAAGAAGAUCCUGGAGAAGCUGAUGGAGCAGGAUGAAGAUGACCCCGAGGCAGAGCCGGUGGAUGAGAGCUCGGUGAAGAAAAUGAUCCUGACCUUUGAGAAACGCUCCUACAAAAACCAGGAACUCAGGAUUAAGUUUCCAGACAACCCAGAGAAGUUCAUGGAGUCAGAACUGGAUCUAAAUGACAUCAUACAGGAAAUGCACGUAAUUGCCACCAUGCCCGAUCUCUAUCACCUGCUGGUGGAGCUCAACUCUGUUCACUCGCUGAUGGGCCUUCUCAGUCACGAAAACACUGAUGUUGCCAUAGCAGUGGUGGACCUCCUCCAGGAGCUGACGGACAUCGACACUCUCCACGAGAGCGAGGAAGGCGCUGAAGUCCUCAUCGACGCUCUGCUGGAAGGCCAGGUGGUGGCCUUACUGGUGCAGAAUAUGGAGCGGCUGGACGAGCAGGUCAAAGAGGAGGCGGACGGAGUCUUCAACACGCUGGCCAUUAUAGAAAAUAUGGCAGAGUUCAGACCAGGCCUGUGCACAGAAGCAGCCCAGCAGGGACUCAUGCAGUGGCUGCUCAAGAGAAUCAAGGCCAAGCUGCCAUUUGACGCCAACAAGCUGUACUGCAGUGAAAUUCUGGCCAUCUUGCUGCAAAACAAUGACAAUACCAGAGAGCUCUUGGGGGAGCUGGAUGGCAUCGAUGUGUUACUGCAGCAGCUAUCUGUGUUCAAACGUCACAACCCGUCCACAGCUGAGGAACAGGAGAUGAUGGAGAACCUUUUUGACGGGCUGUGCUCCUGUCUGAUGCUAGCAGCCAACCGGGACCGUUUCCUCAAGGGGGAGGGCCUUCAGCUAAUGAAUCUCAUGCUUAGGGAAAAGAAGAUGUCUCGGACCAGCGCUCUCAAGGUCCUGGAUCAUGGUAUGAUUGGACCUGAGGGAGCAGACAACUGCCAUAAGUUUGUGGACAUCCUCGGUUUGCGAACCAUCUUUCCGCUUUUCAUGAAAACCCCCAAGAAGAUGAAAAGCUCAGAGAAAGAGCAUGAAGAGCACGUCAGUUCAAUUAUUGCCUCCAUGCUGAGAAAUCUCAAGUCCCAGCAGAGAAGCAGACUCCUAAACAAGUUCACAGAGAAUGACUGUGAGAAGGUGGAUCGCCUGAUGGACUUACAUUUUAAAUACCUGGAGGCUGUCCAACAAGCUGACAAGAGGAUUGAAGGGGAGAAACAUGAGAUGGUGCGGCGUGGUGAGAUCCUGGACGACAGCAUGGAGGAUGAGUUCUACAUGCGUCGACUGGAUGCUGGACUCUUUGUUCUCCAGUCUAUCUGCUACAUCAUGGUGGAGAUCAGCAACUCGGGACUAUCACAGCUGCAGCAGAGAGUUCAUCAAAUUCUCAACUUGAGAGGCGGCUCCAUCAAAGUAGUGCGACACAUCAUGAGAGAGUACGCAGAGAGCAUUGGAGAUGGUAAAAGUGAGGAGUUCAAGGAGGCGGAGCACAAGAGGAUCAUGGACCUUUUAGAGAACUUCUAAUGUUUGUUUGCUUAUAGGCCAUUUACACACACACUUACACAGACACACACUCACGAGU